CGGAAUUUCCACAGCCCCAGAAGUAUUCCAGCGCGCAAUGCACGGUGUCCUAGAAGGCCUAAAGAACGUAGCAGUCGUCAUGGACGACAUUUUAGUUUGGGGAACCACGAUACAAGAACAUGACGCGAACCUAAAAAACUUACUGGAACGCUGCGAGAGACACGAUCUCAAGUUGAACCUAAAAAAGUGUCAUUUUCUGCAGGACCAAGUACGGUACCUAGGUCACAUUUUGACGACUGAAGGUCUGAGCCUAGACCCAGAACGAGUCGAGGACAUCCUUGCUGUUCCGGAGCCCAGAGACCUUUCAGAUGCACGGCUCCACGACAUCCUCCAGGCGACAGAAAACGACGCGGCUUUCAUCCAGCUCCGAGAGUAUGCAUCAGCAUCCUGGCCAGCUGAGAAACGAGACGUCCCGGAGGAACUUCGAACGUACUGGAACUACAGAGACGAGAUGCACGUGGAAGAUGGGCUGGUCUUCAGGAGUAACAAAGUGAUCAAGGAACUGCGACAGUCCACGGCAUCUUCAGUGGUAUCCGCCUGUGCAGAAGUCUUCGCUACUCAUGGGAUACCAGCCAAGUUGUGCAGUGACAAUGGGCCCCCCUUCAAUAGUUACAACUUCAAGGACUUUGUGAGUAAGUUUCGAAUCAUUCACGUCACGUCAAGCCCUCACCACCCUCGCUCCAACGGAAUGGCUGAACGAGCCGUACAGGAGGCAAAGAAACUGCUAACGAGGUGCUCCUACGAUACCCUCGACUUCUGCAGCGCCCUCCUGGAAUGGCGCAACAGCCCAAGGGAUAACCUGCUCAAGUCACCAGUACAGAGGCUAAUGGGUCGUCAGACACGCACACUGCUUCCGGUUCCCGACUGCUGCCUGGAACCAGCCAUCGUACCGCCCAAAGAGGUGCACAAACGACUACAAGAGAUCCGCAGCAAGCAGCGGACCUUCUACAACAGAACAAAGGCCCUUCCAGAACUACAAGAUGGUCAGCAAGUGUCUGCAUUUGACACCAUUUCACACACGUGGUCUCCGGCAGUCGUCAUGAGGCGUGCGGGGCCUCCGCGCUCCUUUGUGAUCGAAACUGGUGACGGACGUGUGCUACGCAGAACGAGAGAGCACCUGCGCGUGCUGCCGCCUCGGCAACAGCAACUUGUCACCACUGCGGCUGCUGAAUCCACUGGCCGCCAGGUGAGGGAAGAACCCUCAACGGGAGCCCCACCAUCACAAGACCCUCCGACCCAGGAGCUCAGGAGGAGUUCAAGACAACGGCGGAGCCCCGUCAGAUACCCAAGACCAGAACUUUAAGCGUGAUCCUGCAAGCGUACUAUUUUCUAUUCCUUAAUUUUUUGUAUAUUGUUUUUCUCUUGGUUGUUUUGUUUUGUUUGAAAGAGGGAAGAUGUAGCGCAGCGUCACUAGCUGAUACCAGAUCAGCCUUGUCAUCGUCAGCCUUGUCAUCGGCACAGCAGCUGCGCCGCUAGGGCAUACUGUAUAUAAGGGCUCACGGUGCGUGCAAUAAACGUUG